AUUGCUUUGAGGCUGAACUUUAAGCGGGACACUUAACCUCUCCAAGCCCAGAUAUAUUUAUCAUUUAAUGGGACUAAAGAGCCGACCUCACCGGUGCUGUGAGGCUUACGCACCGGAACGCGCUCUGCGAAACGAACUUCUUUCCUUUUGCAGCGAGAUGAGGCUUUUCCUGUGGAACGCGGUGCUGACGCUGUUGGUCACUUCUUUGAGUGGGGCUCUGAUCCCUGAACCAGAAGUGAAGAUCGAGGUGCUGCAGAAGCCUUUCAUCUGCCAUCGCAAGACCAAAGGGGGGGACUUGAUGUUGGUCCACUAUGAAGGCUACUUAGAAAAGGAUGGCUCCUUAUUUCACUCCACUCACAAACAUAACAAUGGUCAGCCCAUUUGGUUUACCUUGGGCAUCCUGGAAGCUCUCAAAGGUUGGGACCAGGGCUUGAAGGGAAUGUGUGUAGGAGAGAAGAGAAAGCUCAUCAUUCCUCCUGCCCUGGGCUAUGGAAAAGAAGGAAAAGGUAAAAUUCCCCCAGAGAGUACACUGAUAUUCAACAUUGAUCUCCUGGAGAUUCGAAAUGGACCGAGAUCCCAUGAGUCAUUCCAAGAAAUGGAUCUUAACGAUGACUGGAAACUCUCUAAAGCUGAGGUUAAAGUGUAUUUAAAGAAGGAAUUUGAAAAGCAUGGUGCAGUGGUGAAUGAAAGUCAUCAUGAUGUUUUGGUGGAGGAUAUUUUUGAUAAAGAAGAUGAAGACAAAGAUGGAUUUAUAUCUGCCAGAGAAUUUACAUAUAAACAUGAUGAGUUAUAGAGACACACGUGCCCAUUUUCUAUGGCACACAUCCUUAAAGACAGGGCAACCAUUUGUAAAGGAAGUCUUAUUUUUAAAUAAUGUGCUGUUCUUACUCUGUUUUUUAUUUUUAUGUAUUUUUCUGAAUAUCAUUCAGAAGAAGCCCUAGAAUUCCUAAGUGCCCAUUUCUUUCUGGUGAGUUAUUGGGAAGAAAAAAUUAACUUGUUUUUGAAUAGAAGACUUCUGGAUCAUUUUCCACUUUCACAUAUAAAGCCUUCUGUUUUACUUGCUUACUCGUAAUUUUAAAAUAUUGCAGCUGGGAGCAUGCCCAACAUAAGAACAGGUUACAGCACAAAUCAGCUCCCUCUAUUUCUUUUUCCCUUAUUUUAUCCAAGUUAGAUACUGACAUUUGAAAAGCCAUGUGCGAUAGCCCAAGGCUUACUAUUUUUAUGUUAUAAUGAAACGGUGUAUCUGUAACUGCUUUUGAGUCUGCUUAAGCAAGAGGAAAGUGGUUGUUGAACUGGCCUUAUUAACAGUUACUGCCCCACUGAGAUGUGCAAUGCUGAAGUGAGUCACAAACUUAAUGAAAUAUGUAUACAUUGAAACGUUCUGCCCAGGACCUAAUCUGUAUGAACUUCCGUUCCUAGUGACUAAUAACCUCUAAUGACUAAUAGGACAAAUUAUGUGUUUCUGGGUCUUUGUAAUAAUGUGUCAGAAGUUUGGAGCUGAGGUAGAGUUAUGUUUAUUCAGUGUUUCCUUUUUAAGUGUGGCUGAUGACCCUUCCUGGUUUAUUAAAUAAAAUCUCUAUGUACUAUAUUAUACUACAAUAACAUUGUAUUAUGAGAGAAAUUUAUAAGCCAAUCAAAAAUUUCCCAUUUCUGCUUAUCAAAAAAUGACACAGACUCACAGCAACUACUGUUGCAUAGAAAUCUGUCCUAGGUCAAAAAAUAGAAGAUUUACUAAUUUUACCUGAAAUUGGUUUUUAUCCUUAAUAUGUUAAAAAAAAAAAAAAAGCCCCUGAAUCUCCAUUUACUAAGAAUAGUUCCUUAUCUUUCCAAAGGGAUCUCAAGUACAUUGUUGUCUUUGGUUUUCAUCUCUCUGAAGCCUCUGAACAAAGCUGGUGGAUCUCAGUGUACCUAUUUUAGAGAUGAGGACAUUAUUCUUCAAAGAAAUUGAUUGUUUUGCCUGAGGUCAGGCAACUUGGCAACCAGAUCGAAGUUCCCUAAUUCAUCAUCUUAUAUUGCCCUCUGCUAUUGAAAAAACAAAAAUUUCCUUUGACUUCAUUGGGCCUAAUUCUCUCUUCAAUUUGCUCUCCUAGCAGUCUAUGCUGUUUUUUGGUUUUUGUUCUGUUUUGUUUUUUGUUUUUGUUUUUGUUUUUUAUCUUCGGGUCCUUAUCCUUUGAAGAUGGUUAAUUGGCUGUUUUGGGUGCUUUGGAAUUCUUCCCCUGAUCUGGGAAUGGCUCUGGUUUUGUUGAAUAAACUUGGGAUUAGCACUGAAUUACCUCAAAAACCCUAUGCUGUGAGAGGGUCCAGGUGUGUGUCUGAGGCCUUUCAUUCUUGUUUACCUCUAGAUUUUUUUGUUUUGUUUUUUUUAGAGAAUCACAAACAAUUUUUCCAUCAUAUACAAGUUACUUUCACUAAUUGUAUAUUGAAUUUUCCUCACUAAAACAUAAAGGUCUUGAGAAGAACAUAUAUAACACCUUUUUUUUUUUCCUGAUGAAAUCAGCUCUAUGUAGAAAACUCUUAAAUUGUCACUGCUAUUUUCCUCAACCUGGGGGAGUUACGAACCGCAAUGCCAAAAGCCUUAUGCUGUGUUUACAUCAGGAAGGAAAGAGCUUGCCAUGUGGUGCUCCUUUGUACAGAAAUCACUGGUGACGCUAUCUGUGAUACAGUAAGAAAAGUAAAAAGAAUUUUUAUUAUCUGGGCAGCAUAUUUCUUUAUCUCAUGUGAAUUUGCAUCAAUUCCCAUCUAAAUAUUUAGACACAAGUAUGAAAUGAAAGCAUAUAAAUAAGUUACGGUGUUUUUAGAUAUCUGCCUUUGGUUUAGCUGCAACUUUAUAUCUUUCCAUUCAUGGGAAUAAUCAGACACAGACGGCGACCUCACUUGUAAUAUAAUUUGACUCAUGAGUAUUGCUAAAUGUGUCCCUAAAUUUCUAUGACUAUGUUGUAUUCUUUUCAAAAUAAAACUUUAUUUGGGGAAUGA